UAUCACUGCAUCACUGCAUCACUGACUACUUGACGUGGAAACACGGCCUGUUUGGGCGACGAGCGGCGAUCGCCGCGGCACGCAUGGUGAUCUGCUUGGGCAAUUGUGGCGGUGACUACCCUUUCCCGCCAGACUCUACUCGUAGUAAGCGAGGUGGUAUUUGGGCACCGUGGUGCCGAGUUGAGCGCUCCCUGCAUGCCAUUUCACUCCCGCCGCCACAGCACAGACCGGGCGUGGCGUGCAUGGCGUGUAUGGCGUGCGGGGCAACGUGCAAAUCUGCGCCGACAUGUCGUCCUGGAAAUCUCCUGCAAUCCUGCAAGACAAGCAACCUGCACGGCCUCCCCCCUUCACCUGACGGAGAGAGUUUCUAUAGUAGACGCACUGGAUCCUGUGAUCCUGGGAGUACGAUUCCAAACCCAACUUUGGUGUUUGCUUUCCCUCACCUACUUUCCUCCCUGCCGUCCUUAGCCGCAGGCAUGAGCGCGGGCUGCACCCGGUGGCGUCAGCUAGCAUGCCCCGCCAGUUGGCCGUGGGGUGGGCUGGGUGGCAGACGCCGCCGCUGGGAAAUGGGGAGCCUCCGAGACCGGACUCAUAUCGUGGGCGUGCCUGUACCUCGAGGAGCAUGGAGCAGCUGACUCUGUCCGUUCCGGACGGAGAUUCACGUGUUUCGUCCGCCAAACAGACUGGUGAGCACGACUCUCCGCCGCGGACGAGCGGGUGCUGGGUGAACCGUGUGUCAAACGUGUCAAGCGUCUGUCUGGUCUGCGAUCUGCGUGUCCUCGGCCCGCGGUCGCGGCGGCGGUCGCUUAUCAUAUCGGAGGAGACGGCGGCCGAGGCGGACAGCUGGCGAUGGCCGGCGGCGGUGAGAGUGGAAGCGUGCCUGGUUCCUGUGGAUUGAGUGCCUUAUU